AUGUGUGUGAAUAUAUUUUACUUGAUAUUUAUCUUAUUUAAUGUUUUUUUUCUCUUCGGUUCAACAAAUGUUAAAGCUAAGACUGUUAUCUUUGUGAAUGUCGAUGGAUUAGCGAAGGAUGGUACAAUCUCGGGAAUCUAUAGUGAAUUUGCUUUUGGAUAUCGUGUUAGUAUACAACGAGUUAUGCUCGAGUCGAAAUUAAAAAUCCCAUUUGCUGUUGCUAAACAAACGAAACAUGGACCCAUAAGUUUGGUGCUUAGUACGAAGCCUUUUAAGACGGACCUAACAGUGUGUGUAGAUGUUUCAUCAAACCCUGGACCUCAAAUUUGUAGCGGAAUUUCCGAGUUGGACAAGUCAAGUUGUGCUCGAGGCCAGUCAUGCUCUAUGAACACGCAAUCAACAAGGUACAAUCAUGUCAAUCGUUUUAGGCGGAUUGAAUCCCCUAGACGGCUUGUAUAUGUUAACCAUAUGGCUAUACCAACAAUUAUUUCAAACUCGAGAUAUCGUCAAAAGAAACAUAUUAAGCAAGCUUGCCGUUCAAGUUGUCGUAUUAAUAUUCCAAUGCAAGGUAGAUCUAUUACACCCCAGACAGAUCAAAGUUUGCCACAAUCGGGCCGGGGCAAAAAUAUUACUAUAGCUCAUCUUAAUGUACGUUCUUUGAAGAACAGGGAACACUUUGUUCAAGUUAAACAACUUAUUUUGGAUAACCAAUAUAAGAUUUUUGCUGUAUCAGAAAGCUGGCUGAAUUCUAAUGUAUCAAAUGCCGAAGUUCAAAUAGAAGGCUAUAAUCUCAUAAGACACGAUCGUUUAAGGAAAUCUGGCGGGGGCGUGUGUGCUUAUGUUCAUACUAGUCUUAAGGCCCAUGCCAUUAGGGAAUUGACUGCAACAUCUGAUACAGGUUUUCAACAGCUUUGGAUUAAAGUCCAAAACCGGAAAUUGAGAUCUAUAUUAAUAUGCGUGACAUAUAAACCUCCAAGCUGCCCAACAGUCUGCUUGGAGCAGUAUUUCAUGCCUACGUAUACUAAGGCUUUAUGCUACAAUAAAGACAUUGUCAUUUGCGGUGAUCUGAAUUGUAAUUUAAUGAAUAAUGAGAGUCCUGAUACUCAAGCACUCGUGACGUUCUGUAUAACAAUGAAUCUGACCCAACUCAUUACGGAGCCAACAAGAGUAACGGCAUCGUCUCAAUCUCUAAUUGAUGUCAUUCUAGUCUCUAACCCUGGUAUUGUUAUGGAAAGCGGGGUGGUGAUGUCGACCAUUAGUGAUCAUUAUGUUAUUACGGCUAAACUAAAUUUGAAAACACCGAAAACUAGCCCCACCAUUUGCAACGUUCGAAGCUAUAAGGAUUAUAAAGCCAGUGAGUUUGCAAAAGAUAUCGCGGAUGUCCCCUGGGAUACGGUAGAGAUACUGGAUGACGUGUCCGAUAGGGUUGAUACAUUUAAUGACCUGUUCCUUAGUGUAUUGGAUAAGCAUGCUCCCAUAAAAAACAUUAAAAUGAAAACAAAACGUUUACCAUUUAUUACGCCUGAAAUCAGAUCAUUGAUCAAAGAGAGGGAUUUAUCACAUAAGAUAGCUCGCCAAACCUCGCAAACUAGGGACUGGUUAGUAUUUAAAGCAUAUAAGAUCAAGGUUAAGAACGAAUUACGAAAUGCCGAAAAACUUUAUGUUCACGAACAAAUCCUAUUAAAUCAAAACGCACCACGAUGUAUUUGGAAAAUCAUUCGCAGUUGUAUCCCUAGAAAGAUAAAUGAUCAGCCAUGCUACACAAAACCACUUCUGAGUUGUGUGAACAAUUUAACAACUAUUUCAUAUCAGUAG